AUUUCUCGUUGACGACGCGCCCGCACACUGCAUUACACUCACACGCACGCGGCGCGCGCCCACAGACACUCUCACGCAUACUACGGCCACAACACAGUACACACUGGCCAGCGUUCGGGUGGCGUUUCACCGUUCGCGUCUCCCCGACGUUCACUGUUCACAUCCAUCCGCGGACGGCCGCUGUACGCUGUGAGAACACAACAAUAAAACUAUGCGUUACUACAACAGGCGGAUCUAGUCGCGUUGUCCGUCGUUGUUUUUCGUGUCUCUUCACUCGCGCGCGCGCGCCCGGCCCCCCCGUACGCGUAUCCAGUAUUAUGUCAAGAAGUCUGUCCGGCUCGUGAAAAAACAAAACGAAAAAGAAAAAAAUCAACACCCAACGACAACGACGGCGGAUCGAACAAUCUUAUCAUGAGGUGAGUGUCCGUCGCCCGCAAUGCCGAUGGGCUUGUUUUCAUUUAAUAUUUUGUCUGGAAAAUAAUAACAAUAAUCGUAUGUUUUGUCGCGUCGUCGGUGUUGUUCUACGCGCCCAUCAGUUACCACCUACCCAUACGUAAUACACAUACUACACCCUAAACGACCGACGCGACGCGUAUUAUCUGUGGUUAUGAUCUCUUCAUAUUAUUACCACAUUCUAUGCGGUUCCUUGUUCCUUCGCCGUCCACCGAACAGUACUUUUACAUAACGCUGCUUACGAUUAAUUGAUUUGCACUCAUUUUUCAAAUUAUACAACAGUGCUGCGAACUUCGGUGUUUCGAAUAAUCGAAAUAUUUUGAAAUAUUCUUUUGUUCAAGUAAAUAUCUAGUAGUUAUAGGAUUUGUUGUGUUUCUUCGCAUUUCGAAUUUGCCGAAUUACACCCACUCGAAAAAAAAUGAUGCCCAAGUAAUUUUAACAUAUAUUUCGAUAUUUGUUUAAUAUCUAGCUAUUAAUGAGUUUAAAAUAAUCCAUUGGUAAUACUUAAAAACAUUCGUCUACUUAAUUUUCAUUUUUUUAAUAUUUAAUUAUACCUACCUAGGUAGAUAGUUAAAUUUUAUUGUAUAGGUAUCAUUAAGGUACAUACCUACAUAGAUAGAUAUUUAUGUUAUUUUAAUUAGAUAUUAAGUACAUUUAUGAUUACUUUAUUUUUAAAUAUAAAUUAAGUGUGUUUAUUAAAAGAAUCAAGGGAGUGUUGUAAACUAUUUUAAAGAGUAAUUUACCCAAUUAGGUAUUUUGUGUUUCUUUCCAAAUUAAUUUAUUUUGCUCUAAUCUGCAAGUCUUUAAUUGACAUUAAUAAGGAUCAGUAUUACAAUCAUUGAUUAUAACUUCGGUUAUGUGACUGAUCGUUAACCAUAUGAGGUUUAUGCAAUUAACAUUGCAGUUGUAUAGAUAAUCAGGGUUAAAGCAUUUAUGCUCCAUUAUCAUAAAAUAUUCUACAAACGUUAAAUUCAAUAACCCAUUGUUUUGAUUGAUUAUAUUAUUAUUAUUUUUUAAUUAUAAAGCCACCGAAAAUGUUACAUAAAAAUGAGUGAAAUCAUUUUUAUAUUAAAAUAAAAAAGAUAUCUAUUUGUUAAAACCAUAAUAUAUCAAAGCCUAUGCCUUUAAUGGUAUCUAUAUCAAAUAUGUAUAACUAAAACAGUUAGCAUCCAGUGGCAUAACUAUAUCUAGGGGAUUAGAAGUGGCAACCACUGGAGCCUUAAUUUUGACUAACCUAUGUGGGGACCAGCUGAACUAUUUAGCUAGUGGUACUGACAAACAAUAUAAAUAGCUUUGAUUAUUAUUGGAUACAUCAUUAAUUUUUUUAAUAAAACACCUACAUAUUAUGUGUUACACAUGGUAACAUAUUGAUUACGAUAUUGCACACAUCUAUAAAUUAGUUUAGGCAUUUAGGAAUUAUGGUGAAAUAAAGAAAUUCACACACAUAGAUACAUAAGAAUACAACUAUGCAUGCAUGCAAACCUUAAUUCAAAUUAAUGUCCCUUCAUUGAAAGUGACACUACAGGCCCCCAAAUAGCCUAGUUGCUCCACUGUUAGCAUCAUAUUUAAUAAUUUUUAUUUGUGAUUUUGUUUGUUGAUAAAUUAUUAUUAUUGAUAUGAAUAACAAAAUAAUUUUAAAUGUAACCAAUGUAUUGUUAUACAUUGGUUACAGUCAAUAACAGUGAUGACUGGAGUUGUAAUAUAAUAUGGGGUUUUCCUUCUAAUAGUCUGUUAAAAACUUAUUGAUACAAAACUGUUGAUUAUUUUAGUGGUCCUAAGUAUAUCUACUUACCAUUUAUACUUAUCUUUAAUUGCAUUACUUAAAAUAUGCUUAUUUACGCACAUAUAUGACAAUAAUAUAGUAUUAUACUUAUAAUUCUCCUUUUUUUUUUUUUUUAGCUGUAUAGGUAAGAAAUCUAUUUAACCAAUAUUUAGACUUUUUUGGUGUGUUACAAUGGAAUAUCCCGAGGGGUAUGCAGUCCCAACCUCCUGAAAUUUUAGAAAAUCUUAUAUUAUUGUUUUAAAUAUACUACAAUAAACUACAAUAUGUGAUAUGUAAUUAACUGACUAGCCCUCUUCAAAAAAAAUAAAAUAAAGCCAGAUAUGACAAUAAAAAUAUACCAAAUCCAAUUUAAAUUAGACCUUAAAUACUUUCAUUGUCUUUUUGUUUUUUGUUACUUUCAUUAAGUAUAACCUGUAAUAAUAUUAAAUUAAAUUAUAUAGGUAUCAUAAAUAUACUUUUCCAACUAUUAAUAUAACUGGGAUACCUAAUAUUCCAUGGAUCAUUUUUUGUAUUACAGUAUUAUUUUGAUAAUUUUUGAUUUCAAUUUCCUUACAUUAAACAUCAAUAAUAAUUAUGUAUUACUUAAAUUGCAUAGAUAUAAUAAUAUAUCUUAUCUCUAACAAUAGUUUUAAUUUUAUAAAUGAUUCAUGUACAUUUACAUUUUUUAUUGAAAUAUUUAAUAUUAAUUAUAUUAAUAAUCAAUGAAUCAUCUAAUUAUUCAUCUUAUCUUAGCUAGAAUUUUUAAUAUUAUGGUUCUAUUGCUGUUAAUUUAAAUCAUUAAAUUAUGAAUAGGUUCUUUGUUAUUUAGUUAAAUUAAAUAUAAUUGUUGCCAAAAUGUACAUUUUCAUAAUUUAUAUUGUUUUAUAAUCUUAUUAUGUGUGGAUUAGGAUUAGGCAGCUAAUAUUAUAUUAUCAUAAUUUUGUUAUUUUUUAACAAUUUUUAUGUAAACAUUAUGACUAUAUGACAAUAUGACACACCUUAUGAGUCAUAAUAAUAGAUAUUUUUUAUUACAAAUUUUCUGAAAAUUUAAAUUUUAAACAAUUAUUCAUCCACAAUAAUUAGAUAAUAUAUAAUGUUUAAUGGAGACAUUUCAAUUAGUAUAUUAUUAUCUAUUGUAAUAUGUAAUAUGAUGACUUAAUAUUUGUUUUAACUUAAAUCUGAAUAUAUAGGUACAUUUUAUAUAGAUACCUAACCUAUAAAUUACUAAUUAUUAGUUUAGUACAUAUUAUUAAGUUUUUUUUAUCAUUUGUAAAAUAUUUAUCAAGUACACUAGUUUAUUAUGAUUUAGAUUUGUUUUUUGUUUAUUGUUAUAUAUUUUGCUUUGGGCAUUAAAUGUAACAUACAACUGAAAACAAUUUAGCCAGACAACAAAAAUAAAACAGGAAGUAGAUAAUAUAGAAUUUCCAAAUUACAAAUGAACUUAAUAUGAUAAGUAAAAAAUGACUGCACUAUUAACAUUUAUAAAAUGAAUAUAUGUAUAUUUAUAUAUAUAUACAUGUAAUUAUUUGUUUAAUAUUUAUUAAAAUGUGACCACCCACACGUAGUACAAUGUUUAAUAGAUAAUUUUUUAAAUAUAUUGCAUUUACUAUUUUCUAUCUACUUUAUCAAAUUGUUCCAAAAUAUUUUGUGAAUAUUAAUAUUUUGCAUAUUAAAUAACAUAAAAUGUUUAGUAUAGAAAUUUUUUUUUAAAGUUAAAUAUUUUUACCAUUUUUUGAUCAUAUUUUGUAAAAUAAUAAUUAUUAUAAUAUCUAAGUUUACAUAAGAUCUCAUUUACUGUUUUGAGCCAACCCCCUUAAUACUAAAACAAUGUUGUUAUAAUCAUGAUAUUUCUACUAAACAAAUUUACCUUAUGCACCUUCAAACAAAUUUCAAAAUUUGUUUUCAAUCCAUAUUUUUUUAUGCUUAUAAUAAUGGCAUAUAAAUAAUUUUUUGGAAUAUGUAUCAUUUUACAAGUUAUUGUAAUUUAAAAAUGUUGAUUUCAUGGUUAAUAUACCAUAUGGUAUACAGAGUGAUUUUUUUUUAUCAUGAACUAGCAAUUAUCUCGGAGGAUUUUUAGUGAAUUUGAUUUCUGUUUUUUCUAAUCAUUACGGAAUCGUUUAAGCUUUAUUUUAAAACCAUUUUUAAUUUCUUACCCCCCUUUUGAAUACAGAUUUGAAUAGAGAAUAUUUUUCUAGAAAUUUUGAUAUGCGUCAUAUUAAUAUCUACUGUUUACUUUGAUUGUACUGUUUUGAUUUACUGUUUAAAGUUUAAACCGGAGGAGUCUAUGAAUCUAUGAACCUUCCCUAAUCCUCCAGUUUAAACUUUAAACAGCUAUAACUCAUAAAUGGUAAAUCUGAUAUUGAUAUGACACAUAUCAAAAUUUCUAGAAAAAUAUUCUCUAUUCAAAUCUGUAUUCAAAAGGGGGUUCCUAUUCGAAAAUCAAAGAUAUACACUUAUUUAAGGUAUAUGAAGUAGGGGUAAAAAAUUAAAAAUGGUUUUAAAAUAAAGCUUGUAGUAUGAGUAUGGUGUGAGUCACUUCAUCUGCUGGCUGGAAGUCAACUUGAUACUGUUGAAAAGAAAUUAAUGUUCAAAGUGUAAACCUAAACCUCAUUGUGCAUGACUGGGCAUAGUAUAUUUGAUUAUACUAUACAUCUGGCAACUUCAAAUGAUUUCAUCUUCUAAAAUAAUAGUUUAUGAAAAAUUAUUUUUGUAUAAUGGCAAAAAAUUGGAAUUUGUAAAGGAAAACAUAAAGUAAAAUUUAGCCAUUUGUAGGUACUAUAAAUUAUCUUAUUAUUAUUUUUAGUGAAACAAGUAUUGCAUCAGCUCGAGCUUCUGUGAUGAUCUACGAUGAUAUCAGCAAGAAAUGGAUUCCUAGUGGAACAUCAUCAGGGCUCAGUAAAGUACACAUUUUUAAACAUGUCAUCAAUAAUACAUUCCGUGUCGUUGGACGCAAAUUACAAGAUCAUGAGGUAAAUUUUAAAUUAAACAUAAACCUUACUUUUGAUCAGCAUUUUACUUAUCCUGUGAAUUUUUUACACAAAGAACUGUAAAAUAUAUACAAAGUGAUUCACUAAGCGUACUCACUCCAUUUUUUUGAUUAAAUUUUACAUAAAUUCAAAUCCUGAAUUUAUCUUUGGAAUUUUUAAGUGAAGUUAGUCAUUAUUUUCGAAUACUUAGAUUUUUCACAACAUCUAAGGGGUACCUGUGGCAAUACCAACCUUGUUUUUUCACUUGUGUUAAAAAUUCUAUUAAUACUAAUUAGUUAGGGUAUUACUUAAAAUAUAUUUUGGUGUGAACAUUUUUGAUUUUCGUCAACCUGUUAACGAGAUAUUUCACUUAAUCAUUUGUGUGGUGGCAUAGUGCCAAACAUUUUAACACCAAAAUAUAUUUAAAAUAAUACCCCAUCUAUUUAUGGAAUUUUUAAUUUAGGUUCUCAUUUGAAAAAUCAAAGUUGAUAUCGCCAUAGGUUACUACUUAAAUGCUGUGAAAAAUCUAAGUAUCUGAAAAUAGUGGCUUUAACUUCACUUAAAAAUUCCAAAAAUCAAAAUUUGAAUGUGUACAAAAUUUAAUCAAAAAAAAAAAGCUUUCCUAGGAUAAUGGAGACUGAUGUAGCCACUAGUAAGCAAUGAUAAACCAUUGCUAACAAAAAAACCGGUUCUGAAUAAAUUUCGGUUGAUAGUGAUGCAUUUUCAAUAAUCCAUAUGUCAUAUGUUUCCCACCCUCCUAAAGUACCUUCCUUGUGAAAUUUCCUUUCAGAAAAUGUGUAACACUUAAAAAUUGAUACAAGAUAUUUGGUAGAAAAGUGGUCCACAGAUAAAACAACAAAAAUAAUCUUUAAUAACAUCCUUGUAAAACCAUAAGCUUCUUCGCUCUAUUUAAAAUCUAAAAUAGGGUGAACAUGCUUAGUGAAUGAUCUUGUGUAUAUAUUUUUUAAUGGAUGCCAUGGCUUCUGAAAAUGUCAGGGAAUUUGUAUGCAAUUUUGGAAUUUUGAUUUAUAUUUUCAUAAAUAUUAAUUAUUAAAAAUGUGAAAAAUAUUAUGUAAAAUAAUAUUGCCUGUAAUAUUAUUAUUUUCAUCUAUAUUAUUUUACUAGGUAUUUAACUUUAUAUAAAUAAAUAAUAAAAAAAUAAAUUGAAUUAAACUAUUAUAAAUUACAGUGAGUAAAUUACUAAUGAAAAUCUUUGUAUAAAUGUUUGGUAAUCUUAUAAAAUAUCUUGAUAUUUUGAAUCUCGACAUUCAUCAGUGAUUGAUUUACCCUCUUAUAAAAACUAUAACUUUUUUAAGUAUAUUCAUUGUUAUGGUUAUUCAUUCGACUAUUGAAAAGGGUUUUUAAUUCAAAAAUAAAGAAUACAAUAAAUGUUUUAUUUAACACAUAUUUUUUAUUUACUUUGGUCAACUGUUCUAUAAAAAAAAAAAAAAAUGGGAAAAUUCAAAACAUAGCAACCAUAAAUUGUUCCUUCUAUAUUUGGAAUAUUGCACUUUUUAUACUUUAGUCUAUAAAGUAAUAAUUAUAAUGUCUACAUAAUUUUUUUUUUUUUUUUCUAAUUUCAGGUUGUGAUUAAUUGUGUUAUUUUGAAAACUCUAAAAUAUAAUCAAGCGACCUCAACAUUUCAUCAAUGGAGAGAUAAUAAACAUGUUUAUGGCUUAAAUUUUAGCAGUAAAGAAGAUGCUGAUGCUUUUGCACGUGCAAUGGUGUAUGCUCUUGAGGUAUUUAACAAUCUAGUUUUAGAUAUACUUUAUAAAUCAUCCUCUAUUCUCUACCAUUCACUUAUGCUUGGGUCACCACUUCACCAUACAUUUAAUGAAUAAAUUAAGUGUGUAGCACUAAGUUCAUUUGCACUAAAAUUGUUGCUGAAAUCAUAAUAAUAAUAAUCUAAUUAAUUAUGAACUGAGAUAAACUUUAGAAGAAAGAAAAAUGUGUAACAGUUCAUGAUUGCAGUAAAGAACAGAGGAAAUAUAAAAACAUGUCUGCAUUAUAUCAAUCUGUAGACCAUAUAGUAUACAGUGAAUUUUAUCAUCUUGUGGUAUAUUUGCUUGAAAAUGAACAAAUAUACCAAGCCUCCUUUUCGCAACUUGAUUUCUGUAUUGCUUAUUUUUAAAAUCAUUCAACGUGGGAUUAAUUUUUACAUACUUUUUAAGCUUUUUCUCUGUGUUGUGUCUUCACACAAUACUGCUAAUGCUUAUGACACUAUGUGAUUGUGUGUUCACUGUUCAUGUGUGACAUUAAACUAAUAUAUACAAAACCAUGCAUGUAUGAUCACAAGAAAAUUAUAUCAGACAUGGAUGGCCUAUAUUAAUGUGACACUAAUAUUAAUGUUCUAUGUUCUAUUGGAUAAUUUUUAUGAUUUGAAGGAUAUUCACUUUGAAGUAUUUGUUUUUAUUAGGUAUUAGAUUCUGUAGCCAGAAACACUAUAAGCCAUCCCCAAAAUUUACCCCCAAUGCCACCUGUCUUUCAACAAGCAAAUGGUCAAUUUGAAGAAGAUAUGGUAUACAGGUAUGGUAAUAUCAUUUAGUUGUUUUUGUUUAAGAAAACACCACACUAACAUGUGUUGUACGAGGCCUACAAGUAUAACAGAACAAAUUUAGGAUUUUGUGCUGUUAGUUUUAAUAUUAAAGUGAAUAGACUUAAAAAUUAAAUUUUAAUUAAUAUACAUAAAGGUAAAAACAUUACCUUUGAAAAUUUGGUUUUUCUUGAUAUUUAAAUGUUUGAGUGAUAUAUUUUACUCGUAAUAAAAGAUCAUAAACUUUAUUACACAGUAUUUAGUGAAGAGUUUCUGUCAAUCAUAGUAAAUUUCAUUGGUAAGUGGUACAAUAUGUUCAUGAUUAAUUGUUACACACAAAUAGAAGACAACGUGGUGACAUAAAAGUUACUUUUCAUGAUGAGUUGGAAAUACUAUAUGAUAGUCUGGAUUGAAAACCAAAAAUAGUAAUAAAAGAUUUCAAUGCAAAAAUAGGUAAAGAUAAUAUAUAAACAAAUAAUUGGGAAAGAAAGCCUUCACAGAGAAUCCAAUUAAAAUGUUAGUAUGCUUGUUAAAUUUACAUUGAACAAAAAUAUGAUGAUAAAUAGAGCUAAAUAGGAUUUAAUGCAUUUAAAAUCUACAGUAUAAAACCAAAAAUAACAGAGGGCUCAGAAGAGUUUAAAAUUUCUACCCUCAACCACUUAAUUAUUAAAUGUGUUUUCUGUUAGUUUCUUUUUUUUAUAAUUCUUAAAAUUUUAUUUAAAAACUUGUGUUAAUAAUUUUUUUUAAUGUUUGAAAAUUGUAUUUCUUAAGUUAGAGCCAUUAGAGAGAGAGGGAGCUUUGAAAAACAUAUUGCCAUUAUUUUUUUUUUAGGUGCAUUUCCAAGUCUUGACAUUUUAUCACUUUUUUGUGGACCUAGUUAUACACAACACAACUUCUCCCAUGGAUAAGAAUAUCCAUAAGCCAUCAUGGAUAUCACUAUGUAGUAGGAUAGUGAACCAAAUAGAUUAUUUACUUGUAGACUCCCAGAUAAGAUCAACCAAUAAAAUGAUAAAUGAGUCUUUGAAGGUGAAUGAAAAGGUGAAAACAAAUUGGGUGUUUUUGAAAGGAAAAUAGUUCAGAAAAUGUUCAACCAAGAAAAAUAAGAUGAAAGUGAAUUUAAAGUUAGCAGAAGCUAAUUUUAUAGGAAUCAUAAGUAGUAGAAUAUGAUUGACUAGUCAUGUAUGGAGGUUAAAUUAGAUUGGAGACUAAACACAGAAGGAAAAGAAAUUAUCAUUUACACCAAAAACUUGAUGUAAUUGCACAUAUAAUUGUAAGUUUAAUACUAAGUAAAUUAACUCUGAAUUUUAAAACUAACAACAAGAAGUUAAAAGACAAUUUACCAUGUCAUAUCUUUUUAAUAUUGAAAUUGCAUACACUGGUGUAGUCUUCUUAAUUCUGAAAUGUGUGUUUAAUGUAUUUAAUUUUUUUAGAACAAUGACUAAAGAAGACAACUCAACUAUAAUCCAAGAUCGAAGAAUGUCGCAACAAAAUCAAAGUUAGUAAUUAUUAUUAAUGUAUUAUAUUUUUUAUAAUACUGGAUGCUGUCAGAAUUAGAAAAGUCAAUUUUAAAAAUGAUUGAGAUUAGGAAACUUUCACUGGAAAUAUUUCCUGUACAAUUUAGAGUAACAUUAGGAAAAACUAGUUUACUAUUUGAUGUAGUAACAAUGAAGUUUGUCUUUUUUAGUCACUAGUACAACAAAUGGUUCAACAUUACCACCUAUGAUUCAGCAAUUGCCUUCUUCAGGACAUCAUCGCACAUCAUCUGCACCACCAGCACCAAUACCCCCACCUCCUCCUGGUAUGUUUAACCUAACACCUCCACAACCUCCUCCAAUGCCAAGUAGUAAUGGGGAUCCUGAUCACAGUGAACCAGUUGUUGAUCAGACUUCCUCAUUGGCUGUACAGUUACAAGCAGCUCGCUUAAAACGUACAAAUAAGGUAAUUUUUAAUCAUUAUUUAUUUUUUCGAGACAACUAUAAUUUUGUCCUACUUGUAUUGAUUUUAAAGCAACAUCCAACUGAAAAUAGUGGAUCAUCAACCAGUAGUAGUGGUAGUGGUACCCUUGGACGGAAUGCCAAUGGUAGCCAGACUGGAAUGGCCUGUAUGAUGAAUGAAAUGGCACGGACUUUAGCAAGACGCCGUGCUGCUGUUGAAAAGAAAGAGAUUGAUUAUAUUCAAGUAAAUUAAUUUUAUAUAACAUAUGUGGGUAUGAAAGUAAAAGUGUUUCUUAAAAUGUAUUCAAUUUUUUUAUGAACAGAUUGAUGAAAGUUUAUCACCAUGUGAUAAGAAAAAUUUGAAUCGUAAUGAUAGUCAAAAAAACUCAUUGAAUGGUUGUGAAAGUCCCAAACUUGGUCGAAAACAAUUGUCUGCCACUUCCACUGAAGAUUUAAUUACAACUAAAUCAUUUGGAGAAAAUUGUAUAUCAAAUUUAUCAUUAGACCUAGAAACUUUUAAACAAGACAUACUACGUGAAAUUCGUAAAGAAUUAAAUAGAAUGAAAUCUGAUAUCAUAGAAAGUAUGUAUUUCAUAAAAAAAAAAAAAUGUAUACUUUUUAGAAUAAUUUGGAAAACACAAAUUAUAUCAAAUGUAUUUGCUUUCUUUUGUGUUUUGUAUGAAGCUACAAUGUGGUUUAAUAUAUUUGUAAUGAUUUUCAGGCGUAAAAGUGGAAAUCAGUAAAAGAUAAAUGAAAACCAUCAAACAAGUAUCAAAAUUUACUAAUCCAAUAUAAUUUCAAUUUAUAUAUUGAUUUGAUUAAAUAAUUGGUAUAUAUAUUUUUUUUUUUCUAUUAUGUGAACAUUUUUGAACUGAAUCUCAUUUUAUUACUGUUAUAAGAUUUAGGUACUCUCAUAUUGCAUAGAUAAUUAUUGUAAACCUAUUUAUGACUUAAUUCAUUAGCUACUUAAUUCAACUUUUCUUACAUAACCAAGUUAUUAUGUAGCUUAUUUUUUUAUAUGAAAAUUGUUUUUUUUUUUUCUAUGUGUAAUCGCUUAAAAUUUUAAGAGUGAACAAUUUGUAUUAUAUUAUUUAUGAAAAAAUAAAAAUAAAUUAAAAGCUAUCUAAAAUGCUUUUCAUUUCAUUUUAUAAACUAGUAUUAUACUUAUUUUUUAAUUUUACUUUUUUUUUAUGAUAAUUCAUUAUAUAUUCAACAAUAUUAAGAUAAAAUUAUUAGUGCUGACAUCAUAAUGUAUAUACAUAAAAACAUCAUAAAAUAUGCUCAAG